UAUAUAUUAUAUAGAUCAGUGAGCUUAUUGACGAUGUUGUUUAGCAUAGUUUAUGCAGUAAAAAAUGUACGAAUAGAAAUCUUUUUUUCCACAAUCCAUUGUUGUGUAGAUCUAGAAAGUGAAAGUAAAACACUAUUUAGAUUUGAAUCAACUUUGAAAGACAGGACAAUGGCGGAUCUGUCUCAGUACAUUAUUCCCAACAGCACUGAAGUAGCGCUGCUAGACUGUCAGAAAGCUUUCGAGGGUUUAUCCAAUGAAGAAAGACUCUAUGCACACCAUCUGGCUCAGGCCAGUUUUAAAGGCGGUCUAAUUGUUUUAUUUCAGACAUCGCCAGAGUCCCCUGGUAUUUUCCUUUUACUUCAAAAACUGUUCCGAGCACAAGAUCCAAAGGAGUUGUCAGAACUUGCCUUAUCGGUUGGUUUUACUCAGGAAGAUGUCGAUGGCUUCCUUAUUUAUGCAGCUGCUUUUUAUGGCAAUAUGGGAAACUAUAAAUCCUUCGGUGAUACAAAGUUCAUUCCUAAUGUUGAUGAGUCUAAAGUAGAAAAACUUAUCAAGUCUAGCAAAGCUUAUAAGCAAGAUCCUGCUGGUAUAGAGACACUUUGGAGUGCAGUACAUAAAAGAAUGUUUUCUCUAGAACACAAGGAACUUGGUCUGGGUGACAAGGGGAUUUCAACUUACUACUCUGCUAACUGUGAUGAAGUUGAUGCUAAAAUUGCUCAAGAAUUUUUGGAUGCUAAAGAAAUAAGUCCUUAUAACACACGACUGUUCAAAAAUAAAAAUCCAGGCACUGGUGAAAUAGAAUAUGAAGUCAGAUUAGCUUCUGUUGAAUCAAGUAAUGCUGAUUUACCAGGUUAUGUUUUUGGUGAAACCAGUUUUGUGCCAAAAGAACUAGGCAGAGAGUUAAAGUUCACGGUGACAAGGGGAGACUAUUCACCUUUGAUGGCUCAAGUGGUGAAUGAGUUGAAAAGCGCUGAGGCUCAUGCUGCAAAUGAUUUAGAGAAACGGAUGCUUGCUGAGUAUGUGAAAAGUUUUUCUUCAGGCUCAAUUCUCGCACAUAAAGAUGGUUCUCGCUACUGGAUCAAAAAUACUGGACCCAUUGUUGAGACAUAUAUUGGCUUCAUUGAGUCCUACAGAGAUCCUUAUGGAGUGAGAGGAGAAUUUGAAGGUUUUGUAGCUGUAGUGAAUAAAGACAUGUCUGCCAAAUUCUCCAAUCUGGUUAACAAUGCAGAACGUUUGCUGGCUCACCUCCCUUGGCCUGUGGAAUAUGAAAAGGACAAAUUCUUGAGGCCAGAUUUCACCUCGUUGGAAGUCUUGGCUUUCGGUGGCAGUGGGAUUCCAGCUGGUAUCAACAUUCCUAAUUAUGAUGAUAUUCGACAGAAUGAAGGUUUUAAAAAUGUCUCGUUAGGAAAUGUUUUAACUUCAGGAUAUAAAGACUCCAAAGUGACAUUCCUAAGGGAACAAGACAAGGAACUGUAUUCAAAAUAUAAAAUUCAGUCUUUUGAAGUCCAAGUAGGUCUACAUGAACUUUUAGGCCAUGGUAGUGGGAAACUAUUUAUUGAGGAGGAACCAGGCCAGUUUAACUUUGAUAAGGAUGCAGUCACACACACUGAAACCAAAGAAAAGGUAACUAGCUGGUACAAGUCUGGAGAGACCUGGGACAGCAAAUUCUCUACCAUAGCUUCAACCUAUGAAGAAUGUCGUGCAGAGUCUGUUGGAAUCUAUUUGUGCCUUCUGUCUGAUGUACAAAGCAUCUUUGGUCACACUGGGGAUGAAGCUGAUGAUAUCAUUUACAUCAAUUGGCUCAACAUGGUCCGAGCUGGACUUCUAGCUUUAGAAUUCUACUCACCUGAGACUAGUUCCUGGAGGCAGGCUCACAUGAAUGCCAGGUUUGUCAUCCUACGAGUGCUGAUAGAGGCUGGAGAAGAUUUAGUCAAAAUUGAGAAAGUGACGGGUGAGGAUGGCAACCCUGAUCUUCUUGUUCUGCUGGACAGGGCCAAGAUCAUUUCAGUUGGUAAACCAGCCAUUGGGGCCUUCUUGAGGAAAUUGCAGGUCUACAAGUCAACAGCUGAUGUUGAAGCUGGCAAAAAAAUGUAUGCAUAUUAUUCUGAUGUCAAUGACCAGGAUGAACCAAAGUUCUUAAGCCUGCGCAGCAUUGUUAUGGACCGGAAACAGCCCAGAAAGUUGUUUGUUCAACAUCACACUUACAUUGAGGAUGGUGUUGUGAAACUCCAGUCUUACGAGCCAAGCCCAAGUGGACUGAUUCAAUCAUUUGUCGACAGAUUCCCCUCUGAGGAUCUUGAUCAGGUUGUCAGUCAAUUGUGGGAAAAGGAAAAACCAUUUUAUUAACUGCUUUUUUAUCUAGCUAUCCAAAGUACUACGUCUGAAAUGAAGUAUUUUUUAUUUAUGAGGCUGUACCAAAAGUCAUUGCUAAUGUGUUUCAGCCAGCAAUAUGUGUGUGUGUGAUGGUGUAUUGUUAUAUGUCUCAUGGCUCAUCUCUUGAUCACUUUGAACUGUAAGCAUCUUUCUUUCACUUUAUUCACUAUAUCUCAAUGGUUUUACUUUAGGAUGCCCCUUUCUAUGUUUACAUUCUACAUUUUUGAAUCGUUUAAUUCUUCCAAGAAGAAAAUUUUGUAUUUUUAAAUUCUUUUUUUUUUCCAUUUAAUUAUAUAGAAUUUUCUUUUGAAUUUAUAUAAGUUAAUAAUAUAUUAAUAUAAGUUAUGUAAUGAUGUCAAACACAACUUCCUUUUUUUUUUUUAAAUCUAUGUGCCCUUUCCCCACAUCUUGCCACCCAAUUCCCCGAAUGGGGUGGGAGGGUCUAAGUAUGCCCUUUCCCCAGUUAUUUUAAACACAGAAAACACAAAAGUUUCAGAUAAUAUAUAUAUAUUAGUGGGCACAAGAAAAAAAUUUAGAAAAUUAUGCAUGUAUAACUAAAGAAAAUGUAAAACAAAUUUCAUUGGGACAAAAAGGUGUUUUUUGUUAAUAUCUGACUGGACAUGUAAAGAAAACAUUUCCAAGGAUGUUUCUAGUAUUCACGUGUUCAUGUCAUAUUUUGACAGACAUUCAGAAAUGUAGUAUAUUACUCGGGUAUAAUACAACAAGACUUGGUUUUCCCUCAAUUUUGUUAACAUUUUUAUAUUAUUCGCAUAGUAUAACUUAUAUAUAUAUAUGUUUCAAGUCAAACAAUGUUAUGACACACAGUGGAACACAACUUAGGGGUAGAUUUAUUGAUUCUUAAAGAAAUAUAUUUUUAAAAACAUCCAAUAUUUAAAUAAUAAAUAUGUUUUAUAUAGAAACAUAGUAUAUUAUUAAAAAGCUCUAACCAGACCCUCUUUAUUAAUUGGGAUUUCACUAUAUGCAGUUCGUGUUAUUUCUUCUGUUGUUCACCAAAUACAUGUUUAAGGACUAAUAAAAUUAUGUUUUUCAAACUGA